ACACCAUUGACCUAAAUCCUAUCUCCCUUUCUUAAAAAAAAAUUAAAAAAAAAAAAAAUCCAUUCCUAUUGCAGAGUUGCGAACUUGCGAUGGCACCAUUUGAAGUUCAACGAAAAAACCUGCAAAACGACAUGAUCUGAUCUUGAUUAUCACCAAAACCCUUAAGGAGAAGAAGAAGAAGAGGAGGAGGAGAUAGAAAUGGGACUCUACACUUACUGCUUUGCAGGAGGGGCCUUCGCGCUAAUCGGCGCCUGGGAGGCGCUCGUUUCAGCCCAUGCGCACCUCAACCCCUCCUCUUCUACCCUUUCUUCCCCUGACCGAGGCACAUCAGCUACGACAACCACGACAGCAAGAGCCACCGGAAGAAAAUCCAAGACGACGUCUUGUCUCUCCUCUGUUAGCCUCAUAGCUGUUGCCGUUCUCUCUUUUCUCUUCAUCCUCAAUUCUCUGGUCUCCUUAUUUGACGCUAUUCAUACCAAGGAUCGAGUCGGUUUCGCUGUUCAGCUAGAGAUUGCAGCCAUCGCAUCUCUAUUCCUACUCUAUUCGGUCUCUGGUUUCUUGGUCAACUUCUCAGAUUCGAUUUCGUUUCCUUCGUCGCUCAUCAGCUUGAUUGCUCUUUUCGCGUUUGGCCAAGAAUUUCUCUUCUUUUAUCUUCAGAGGAAAGACCCAGAUGGAAUCGAGAAUCGUUACUUCAAUCUGGUGCUCCUUCCUAUUGGAGUUUGCUUUCUCUCUACCCUUCACGAAUUGGCUCUCCCCAAAUCCCUCUUCCCUAGCUUGGCUCGCGGGAUCGCUUUGAUUCUGCAGGGCACAUGGUUUGUCCAGAUGGGUUUCUCUUUCUUUUCCAAUUUGAUAGCGCAAGGCUGCAAAUUAAAUGAAAGGAGUAAAGCAAAUUACACGGUGAACUGCAAAGGGCACCUUGACUAUCACAGGGGAGGAGCGAUCUCAACUCUUCAAUUCAAUUGCCAUCUUGCGUUUCUCGUGGUUUUGAUUGUUGGGGCGUAUUCGUUUCUUGCUGCAAAAUAUGGAAUCCGUGCUGAUUAUGCCACCUAUAAGCCUCUUGGUGCAGAAUUGCAGAAGAUGGAUGAUUACUCUCGGUUCACUUUGGAUUAUGAUGGUGAUGAAGAUGAGGAGAUUAAAGAGGAAAAGAGUGCAGAGAAGCAGAAGGUUCUUCAAGUUGCUUCCAAAACGGGUAUCAAUGGUUUUGGUGUUCAUUAGUAAGGUGUUCUUGCGCCAUCUUUUUUGCAGAAUGAGAGAUUUCAAAAUUCUUUUGUCAUGCGUCCCCAUUACCGUGAAAUUUUCUCCACUUUCAUCUUCUCUGUAUAAAUGAGUUAAUUACACACUUUGCCUAUUGGCUUUUCAUAGGAAUGCUUCUUUGCUUGAUUACAAUAACAGAGGUCAGAUUUUAUACAAAAGAGAUAACAAAAGCAAGAUAUGCAAUUUCUUGUAUCAAGUGAUUAUGGGACCUUCUAUCUGUUUUGUAUGAUCUUUUUAUUUUGUAAAACAGUAUCUAUCUUUUUAAGUGAUUGUUCAAGUUGGCAAA